AUGGACUCAGCAGAAGAGCGGCCCACGCUGCAGGAGACGCUAAACUUACUGCAUCAAGCAUCUAGAACAACUGCAAAGCAACGGACCGUCAAGGUCUCCAGCAUAGUCGAUGUCAUCUGCCGUUACGCCUCGGAAAAUGGCCUUGACCAGGAAGCCCUGCGAGACAUAGUGCAGCUCGCGUCGGUGAAGACCCUGCUAGACCAAACCACCAUCACGACUUUGAUCAAGAACUUGUACCCGUCUCAGAAGGUUCCAGGCGAUGUUGUCAUCACGAUUGUUGGUGCGCUGGGGCAGGGCAAGGGCAAGCCUUCGCCCGGUACACAAGACAGUCUUGUGAAAUGGCUCAUCGCAAUCCAUGAGGUCGUGGAAGAUUUGAGCGUCUUGUCCCGACUAUAUGGUGUGCUGUUUGGCAUGCUCGACAUGAUCAGUAUCAGGACAUCUUUGUGCCAUCUGCUGUCCUUGAUCACCCGCAGGAAACACGUUAAACCAUUCCGGAUUCAACAGCUACUAGAGCUGUCUCGCGGCCUCAGCAACGAGCCUGCGCUCCAAGGUCUCCUCCGUGUCUACAAGGAUUACUAUCCCGACAUAAUACUCGGGAGCACUUCCACAAGCCGGAAGUCGUUCGCUCCGCGACCUGAUGCCGAAUGGCAAGCCAAGAUCGUUGCCAUCCAAGAGGCUAGUGUGGCGGAAGACGACUCGAAUGUAGACGGGCAGAACGGUUUCAAGGUGCUACGAAGAAGACUCAAGGGCAGCAAAGGAUCGGCGAUUCCGGACGUGCAUACCUACCAUGCGACCGAGAACUCAGCAACCCUUGAGGGCAUUGAUAGUGUGGACGAUUUUGUGGAGAAGCUCGACAGGAUAGAGCCACCGGGCCAGUUGGUAGCGCUCCUCGUGGACCCGUUGCUACAGAAGUACAUCGAUCUGAAGCCAUCACCAAUCACAGCCAGUCGAUUAGCAAAUUGGCUUGCGACGUGCCUGGAAGAGCAGUUUGAGGAGUACCGGCAAGGCGCUGCAAACGAUAAGUACCUAUCUGAAAUCCUCGAUGGACUUCUCAGGUACGCUCAGUACAUGAAGUCACUGCAUCCUACAGUAUUGAGGUUCCUUCGCGCGUACCUACCGAUAUGGGACGGUCAGCAAGACCUUGACUCUUUAUCAAGACUUGUCUCCUAUGUUCCGAUCGAAGUGUUCGAUGACGCCCAUACGACCUAUCUAUCUUUUGUCGAACGAGCUCUAGCACCUCACGGCAUCACCGCAUAUGCGAAGCUCGUCGAUUUCUACACAUCUCUACUGCAGCACCAAAUAACCCAGACAGCGUCCGGAGCCGCCGACCAAAGAGAGACACAACAGGAAGUCUUAAGCGACCUAAUCGAGCAUGUGGCAACUCUAUUCACUUCCGCUCUCGUAUCAAUCCCCGCAGGUUCCAACACCACCCUCACGUCAUCGAUCCUCUCGUUCUACGAACUCCUCAGCACCUCCUCGAAACCACACAUCAUCCCCAUCCAUCUCCCGCCAAUGCAUCUCGUCUACCUCCUCUCCCAGGACGCUUCCCCAACAACACUCGCCCGCAUCUGCGGCAUCAUCGGCUCCUACAAGCUAGCUUUCGAUGCGCAUCCCAAGCCGGUCAAAACAUACUACCCCGCAGAAGUCACUGAUGCAUUCAAUUGGUGUCUGCGCGACAUGUACAAUCUGGUUUGGGUCUCUCGUGGCCUUCUCGUUCAAGAUCAGAAGAGCAAGGGUUUGUACUGCGAUACCAUACUGAGGGGGACGCUUAAUGAGUAUCUACGGAGAGUAGAUCGUGGAUACACUAUUGGGGCUGCGUUUACAUUGUCGUAUAAUGCGUGGUUGGCUUCGCUGUCGGCUGCGGCGUGGCGUGCGGUCGAGAAGCGGGAGGCUGGGAAAGCGGGUGGGCAGAAUGUUACUCGGUAUCACGACGGGCCUGUUACGGAGAAGAGUCUGGAGGUUCUCAAGAGUAAAGGUGGUGUGGAUGUCGAUUGGGAGGGCGCGGAUGGGUAUAAGGUCAUGGUGCUGCAGUGGCUGACUGAGAGGGGCUUGGGUGGGAUCAGGGAUUUGAUGUUCGCUACUGUGAUUAACUUGAAGGGUACAGCCUAA